UCGGGAAGUAGAGUAAUCUUUAGUUAGCUAAAUAUCGGCUUACUGCCUUCAGAGAAAUGAGUGAUAAUUGUGCGGGUGAAGAUGCAGAAACUGGAGACAGAAAUCUACAGAGUGAAAGCAAUCUGACAGAAGCUCUGACUAAUGGUUUUCUGGACGCUUUCGCUCCCGGUUUGGAGAAUCUGAAAGAGCGGCUUGGGGAACUUACGCAAAAUCAAGGAAUUUUAAUUGAAACUAUGCAACAGGAAAAUGCAAAGUUUGCAGAAUGUCAUGCAGCAAGAAACCUUCUGGUCAUGCUUUCUUACGUUCGAACAUAUCAUUCCAAGCUCACCAAAAUCCAACAUGAUAUGGAUGUUAUAGAAGACAGGGUUGUUAGACUGCAGAGGAGAGCGACGAAACUUAAAUCACAAAAGGAGAAAGAGGAGCGUAACAAAGUUGAAGCACAAGAACGACAGUUAGAGUUGGAGAGACAACUCACAGCUAAAUUGGCAUCAGACCAUCCACAGUAACAAGAUGUUAGACUCAGUUUGGCAUAUGAUUACUUUAAUUUAAUGGUGCUGCAAUAUCAGGAUAAUGGUCAAAGGAAUACUGGUUAUCUGAGAUUGGUUCAAAUGAGGGGAGCCACAUAACCAAACAAUUAUUAAAACAGUUAUAUUGGGAAACGUCUCCCAGAUAGACCGUCUGUACAUGUCAAGAUCAGUAAAAAAAAUGGAAGAUGUUAAUUUACCUUUAGAGAGUAUUUGAGCCAGGAUUUUGAAAUAGGAAGGUGUGUAUUAUUCCCUUAUUUACUACAGAUUAAAAUCAGAUUAAAAGUAAACAUGUUUAAGCAGA